UGAUAUUACUGUGAUACUGUCAAAUUGUCAUUAUGUCUUCCUAAAACUUAUUGCGAAACAAGGUAUGAUGUUUUCUGGUAAAGUUGUUCUUGUCACCGGUGCAAGCUCAGGUAUUGGCGCCGAAACUGCUACAGAAUUUUCGAAAUUGGGAGCUAAUGUUGUGAUAACUGGAAGGAACCAAGAUGCACUAAGCAACGUCGCAAAGCUGUGUCAAGAAAUUUCUCCUACAAAAUCGAAGGCACUGUCUGUCAUCGCCGAUAUGAACAGUGAAACUGCCAUAGAAAAUAUAAUAAAAACUACUAUUCAGCAUUUUAAUAAGCUUGACGUUUUGGUGAAUAAUGCCGGUGUCUUGGAAUCUGGUACAAUAGAAACCACAACAUUAGAUCAGUACGAUAGAGUUAUGAAUGUGAAUGUUCGAGGUCCUUAUUAUUUAACUAUGUUGGCAGUACCGCACCUCAUUAAAAGCAAAGGCAGUAUUGUAAAUGUUUCUAGUGUCACUGGAAUGAGAUCAUUUCCCAAUGUUCUUGCUUAUUGUAUGUCUAAAUCAGCCUUGGAUCAAUUUACUAGAUGUGUAGCUCUUGAACUCGCUCCAAAGGCAGUACGUGUUAAUGCUGUUAAUCCAGGCGUAAUAACAACCGGCCUGCAUAAGAAAGAUGGAAUGAAUGAAGCACAGUACGAAGCAUUUCUAAAAAAAUGUGCUGAUACCCAUGCUAUAGGAAGACCGGGUUAUGCAAAAGAAGUUACGUCUGUCAUUGUGUUCUUGGCUAGUGACGGUGCUAGCAACAUCACUGGUGCUACUUUGCCUGUUGACGGCGGUCGACAUGCAAUGUGCCCACGAUAAAUAUGAAAAUAUAAAUAAUAUGAAUAUUAUGGAGAUUAUUUUUACAAAACAAUGAAUACUAAAUAAAAAUUAAACAUAUGUAUUACA